CUCACACUGCGCGGCGGCCGGGGCGGCGCCUGACUAUAAAACCUCCCCUGCACUUACUCCCAACUUCUCAACAUUCCCACCUCUCCUCCGCCGACCACGUCCCAGCCCUGCCCGUCUAAACACACUCCAGCAAUCAUGCCUUCAGACCUGGAAACCGCCAUGGAGUCACUCAUCAAGGUGUUCCACCGUUACGCCUCUAAGGACGGAAAGAAUGGCACACUCAACCGGCGCCAGCUCAGAGAGUUGAUGGAGAACGAGCUGUCUACCUUCCUUAAGUCUCAGAAGGACCCUGCUGCAGUAGACAAGAUCAUGAAGGACCUGGACACCAACGGCGAUGGCCAGGUGGACUUUGAAGAGUUUGUUUCUCUGGUUGUUGGACUUUCCAUUGCGUGUGAGCAGUGCUAUCAGAUGCACAUGAAGAAGACGGGAAAGAAGUAAAAGACGACAGCAGAAAAGAGGAGAAGAAACCAAAAUGCAUUUCAGUUUUUGUAAAAAUAGUUUUGUCCAUUAAAUACACUGAAGAAUUUGAAA